AUGGUCAGUACUAGUACCGCCAAUGAUAUGAUCACGGAGGAACCAAGUUCCCCAAGACAAAUUCCUCGUCUUACAAGAAGAUUAACAGGGUUCUUGCCAAAUGAAAUCAAAUCAAUUGAUACCAUGAUUCCCUUAAAGUCUCGUGCUUUAUGGAAUAAACAUCAAGUUAAGAAAUUUACAGACGGUGAAGAUUUCCAAGAUAGGUUCAUCGACCACGUGGAGACCACUUUAGCUAGAUCUUUAUACAAUUGUGAUGAUUUGGCUGCUUAUGAAGCUACUUCAAUGAGUAUUCGUGAUAAUUUGAUCAUUGAUUGGAAUAAGACUCAACAAAAAUUCACCACUAGAGAUCCAAAGAGAGUUUAUUAUUUAUCUUUGGAAUUCUUAAUGGGGAGAGCUUUGGAUAAUGCUUUGAUUAAUAUGGAUAUAAAAGAUGAGGAAACUAAAGAUUCCACGGGAGAUUCUAACAAUACUGAAAAACCAAAAGAAGAUUCAAGAAAAGUUAUUAGUGGUGCUCUGGAUGAAUUAGGGUUUAAAUUAGAAGAUGUAUUGGAACAAGAACCUGACGCAGGGUUAGGUAAUGGUGGGUUAGGUCGUCUAGCUGCUUGUUUUGUUGAUUCGAUGGCUACUGAAAAUAUCCCCGCUUGGGGGUACGGGUUGCGUUAUCAAUAUGGUAUCUUUGCUCAAAAAAUUAUUGAUGGUUAUCAAGUGGAAACACCAGACUAUUGGUUAAAUUUUGGUAAUGCUUGGGAAAUUGAACGUAAUGAAGUUCAAAUUCCUGUUACUUUCUAUGGUUAUGUGGAUAGACCUGAAUCAAAGAGUUCUACUUUAGAACCUGCUCAAUGGAUUGGUAGCGAAAGGGUUCUUGCUGUCGCUUACGAUUUCCCAGUCCCUGGGUUCAAGACAAAUAAUGUUAAUAAUUUAAGAUUAUGGCAAGCUCGUCCAACAACUGAAUUUGAUUUCGCCAAAUUCAAUAGUGGUGAUUAUAAAAAUUCUGUUGCUCAACAACAACGUGCUGAAUCCAUUACCGCUUGUCUAUAUCCAAAUGAUAAUUUCGAACAAGGUAAAGAAUUAAGAUUAAAACAACAAUAUUUCUGGUGUGCUGCCUCUUUACAUGAUAUCGUUAGGAGAUUUAAGAAAUCAAAGAGACCAUGGAGUGAAUUCCCUGAUCAAAUUGCUAUUCAAUUGAACGAUACUCAUCCAACUUUAGCCAUUGUGGAAUUACAAAGAGUUCUUGUCGAUUCAGAAAAAUUAGAUUGGCAUGAAGCUUGGGAUAUCGUUACACAUACUUUCUCCUACACAAAUCAUACUGUCAUGCAAGAAGCUUUAGAAAAAUGGCCAAUUAGUUUAUUCGGACAUUUAUUACCAAGACAUUUGGAAAUCAUUUACGAUAUUAAUUGGUUCUUCUUAAAGGAUGUUGCAAAGAAAUUCCCUAAGGAUAUGGAUUUAUUAUCACGUAUUUCUAUCAUUGAAGAGAGUAAUUCUGAAAGACAAAUUAGAAUGGCUUUCUUAGCUAUUGUAGGUUCUCAUAAAGUUAAUGGUGUUGCUGAAUUGCAUUCUGAAUUAAUUAAGACUACUAUUUUCGCUGAUUUCGUUAAAUUUUAUGGUCCAUCUAAAUUCGUUAAUGUUACUAAUGGUAUUACUCCAAGAAGAUGGUUAAAACAAGCAAAUCCAAAAUUAGCUGCCUUAAUUAGUAAGACAUUGAAUGAUCCAAAUGAAGAUUAUUUAUUAAAUAUGGCUAAUUUGACUGAAUUGAGUAAAUUUGUUGAUAAUAAAGAUUUCCAAAAGGAAUGGGAUGAAGUUAAAUUACAUAAUAAGAUUAGAUUAGCUGAUUUGAUUAAGAAAUUAAAUGAUGGUGUUGAUAUCAUUGAUAGAGAACAUAUUAAUGAAACUUUAUUCGAUAUUCAAGUUAAACGUAUUCACGAAUAUAAACGUCAACAAAUGAAUAUAUUUGGUGUCAUUUACCGUUAUUUAGCCAUGAAGACCAUGCUUGAAAAUGGUGCUGCUAUUGAAGAAGUGGCAAAGAAGUUCCCACGUAAAGUCUCCAUCUUUGGUGGUAAGAGUGCUCCAGGUUAUUAUAUGGCUAAAUUGAUUAUUAAAUUAAUCAAUUCUGUUGCUGAAGUGGUUAAUAAUGAUCCAGAAAUUGAAGAUUUAUUGAAGGUUUUCUUUAUUCCUGAAUAUAAUGUUUCUAAAGCUGAAAUUAUUAUACCUGCUAGUGAUUUAAGUGAACAUAUCUCCACCGCAGGUACUGAAGCUUCUGGUACAUCUAAUAUGAAAUUUGUCAUGAAUGGUGGUUUGAUUAUUGGUACAGUUGAUGGUGCUAAUGUGGAAAUUACAAGAGAAAUUGGUGAGGAUAAUAUUUUCUUAUUCGGUAAUUUGAGUGAAAAUGUUGAAGAAUUAAGAUAUAACCAUCAAGUUCAUACACAAGAUUUACCAGCUGAUUUAGAAAAAGUCUUGGAAUAUGUCGCCAAUGGCACAUUUUCUCCAGAAAAUCCAAAUGAAUUUAAACCUUUAGUUGAUGGUAUCAAACAUCAUGGUGAUUACUAUUUAGUUAGUGAUGAUUUUGAUUCCUAUAUUGCUACUCAAGAAUUGGUUGAUCAAGUUUUCCAUGAAAAUAAGGAUGAAUGGUUAAAGAAGUCUAUUUUAAGUGUCGCUAAUAUUGGUUUCUUUAGUAGUGAUCGUUGUAUUGAAGAAUACGCUGAUACUAUUUGGAACGUCGAACCUGUCAAAAAUUGA